CGGCGCCGACAUCAACGCCAAAGACAUGCUGAAGAUGACAGCGCUGCACUGGGCGGCUCAGCACGGCCACAGGGAGGUGGCCGAGCUCCUGCUGAGGUACGGAGCAGACGUCCACUGCCUCAGCAAGUUCGACAAGACGCCCUUCGACAUCGCCAUGGAUACCAGCAACACUGAGCUGAUGAUACUGCUACAGGACGGCAUGCAGAACCAGGUAAACAUCAACCCCGAGUCCCACUACAUAAUCCCUGCUGGUGGGCUGGUCAACCUCUCAGAGCUGAUCACCAAGACCGCAGCAGGCAAGUCAGAGGAGAACACAACCCUACAGCAUGUGGUGGGCGACGGCGGUCAGAGGGUCAUUACCAUAGUGACGGACCAACAUGGCAACCUGCAGCCAGCCGCCCUGGGCCAGCAGUUCAUCUUCACCCUGCAGGGGCAGCAGAUGGUGGCAUUGCCAGCCAGCACAAUCACAGAGGAGGUGGUGGUCGAGGAGCAGGCCACGCCCACACGCAAGAGGAAGACUGACUCCACAGCCAAUCACAUCAGUCGAAAAGACAAGAAGGUUAAAGAAAGUCGCGAGCAGCUGGAGCGGCAGCUGCAGGAAGCCACACUCAAAGCCCAAAAGUACCAGCAGCAGCUCCUGCAGAAGGAACAGGAGGCUGAGCAGUAUCGCAUCAGACUGGAGCAGGCCAUAGCCACCAGUAACAGCAGCAUUACUGUUACCUUAAAGAAUGGUGCUGCAGUGAAGCAGGAGGAGGAGGGGGUGGUGGUAGAGGAGCAGCUAGAGACCACAGAGGAAGCUGCAUCAAAAGAGGUGGAAGAAGGGGAGAGGAAAUACACAGAGGAGGCGGAAGAGGUCGUCCCUGAACUUCCAGAAGAUGCAAUUCUUGUGACUGAGGGUGAGCUGGAUGUGGAGGUCGACGCUACAAAGGAAACAGACAAGUCUUCCCCCUCUCGACGAGGGAGAGGCAGGGGGCGAGGCAGAGGGGGACGCAGACACUAGCUGACAUAUCUUGUGGUACUUAUUUAAUAAUAAUAAUCCUUUUGUAGAAGAUUAGGAAGACUUUGUGAAUAUGUCACAGUUUCAUGCUGCACAAACGUCAAGAGGACUUUAGUUUGAAGAGGAAAUAGUUUGGGUGGUUAGUUAGAAGCACACACUGAGCCUGGAGAGGAAGCGGUGGGCAUCGUGAUGAUCAGUUCUUCCACUUUAUCUCUUUGUGUUUCUGCCAGACUUGUUAAGAGAAAGGUUAAGAACGGGUCUGACAUAUUUGCAUUGGUACGGCAGGUUAAACUUGCAAUAAUUGUUGUGGGCCCCAUAGACGCUUGGACACCCUGACAGUUACAUUAAUGGUUCUCACUCUUUGUACACACUCAAAGCUGCAUUAUUGGUUUUUUGGGGGGUUUUUUGGCCACGUUGGUGAAAAAGAUCUCCACAACAAGCUGUGAGCCAAUGAAAUGUAUGUAGGUAGGAUUGCAGUGUGAAUGUAGCCAUAGUUAGAACACAAAUUCAAGUUUUAGGUCAGUGAAUUUAACGUCUUCACAUUCUCAGUUGCUACAAUGCAGUUUUAGCUCCCACUGAAACAAUAUAGCUACUACAGUUCGUAUCACUAGCUUUUGUUCCUUCAACCGUCCUCGCUCAUAGUGACACUUACAGUACUAGCAAAAGAGUUCACUUUUAUAAGUGUCUAAAAAACACCUUUGCCCCACUUCCUCUUCAUCUUAUAGUUAUUCAUUAUUCGGUGUUGUAUUCUCAAGUAUUUUUUGUGUUUACAUCAUUCUUUUUGCCAGGGUUUGUGAUGAGGGCCCUCAGACUGUGGUGUGUCACUGUGCCUCAGUGGAGGUUCACAGUACAGACAAAGAUAAUCAUGAAGCAAUUACAGUAAGAGCACUUCAUGCUCUCUUAUCCAGGGUGACCUACAGUGAGCAGAUAGGAGCUCGGUGUUGGGCUCAAGGACUCUUCAGCAGAAUGCACAGCAGUUGAUGGAUACACCUUAUCUUUUCUGGGAAUCAAACUUGUGACCUUUAUGUUUUCAAAGCAGCCUCUUCUCAACCACCAUCCAUUCACUUCUUUUACUGUGUGAUAUUAUGAGUUCAACAUGAUUUACAAAAAGACAGAUCUGACUGUUUUUUAAAGGAAGUGGGUGAAAAUGACGUGUUGAUUUUAACACAUCAGCACCUUUAAAAACGACAGCAUCAGUGUCAUUCUCCACUAGAACAAAUGAAGGAAGAGGCUGAGGGUUGAGAACCACUGAUGUGUACAGCCCACCAACUGUCAGGGGAUGUUAGUUUACGUUUGCACUUAAAGGUCCGGUGUGUAACAUUUAGGAAUCUGGCAGAAAUGGAAUAUAGUAUGUAUGUUUUUAUCAGUUUAUAAUCACCUGAAAAAAGAAAAGUUGUGUUUUUGUUACCUUAGAAUGAGACUUUUUUAUCUGCAGAGGGAGCGGGUCCUCUUCUACCGAGGCUUCCAUGUUGAACUGCCAUGUUUCUACAGGAGCCCAAAACAGACCAACACUGGCUCUAGAUAGGUACGGGUUUCGCAGCCGCCAUAUUUUCUCCAAAGCCCUUAAAAGGCGAUUUUUAGUGAUGCCACAAAAUCCUUCACACUGGUCCUUUGAGCGCUUUAUUCAUGCAGUAGCAGAAAAUCUGACAUGUAAGUCUGUUUUAAGGUAAAAGUUGGGACAGUUCUUACAGAGAAAUGAGGAAGUGCCUCAGAAACUACAAAGAUAAUUUUACUUCAUCAUUUCCUAAAACACUGCCAGUUUCUUAAAGGGGCAUUCCACGGAUUUUACACAUUAACAUUACAGUAGUUCACUAGUUAUAGGAAGGACUACACAGCCUAAGAAAAUAUGUAUAAUAUCUCCUGUGGCUCUGGAGGAGGAGAUGUUAUACAUAUUUUCUUCGUCGUUUGUCAAGUCAAGGAAAACAAACUCCAAAUGCUGUCAUAGUGAUGUUGUCAGAGUUAAUCUCAGUUUACAGAAUAAAAAUGUAUAACAGAAAGCUGCGUUACAAACCGGGGGAGUGAGGUCUGAAAGACUAAAGGCGCCUAUACACUGUGCCGACAACAAUGUUUGUUCACCACUUGUCACAUUGUGCGAGGUGGGUCUAAUGAAGUCUUGGGCGCCAUCUGUGUCAGACUGUAUGAAAUCAAGUUUGAGUAUAUAUGUAAAGUGUGAUUAAAGCCUGAUGAAUCGUAGCUUAAGGAUGUAAAAACUGUCAUGUCAGGAAAUGUCACCAACUCCAUCUGUGCUGGUCUCGGUUAAACCAACCCGUUUUGCCCUCAGUGCUGGCACUUCUGUGAAUAGAAUAUGAAAUGAAGUGAGUUGGAGGUAAAGGAGGAUUACACCAGUAGAUCCUGCGUCAUUUCAUAUCACAUUCAGGAUGGUUAGCCUGUAAAGGAGGUUGUAGCGGUAGGUCCUACAUUUCUGGAAUCAGAAUUUUGAUACAAGCUGUCUUUGGUCUUAAGUCUUCUAUCACCGUAAGCUCAACGAAGGAGGAUUUCACCACGUUGCUCUCACAGUUGUCAACUGUUAUAUGGAGGCCUUCAAAUUCAGGAUAACUCCUCCUCCAUUGCUUUGAUUUUGACAAUUCUUAAUCUGUUUUGUGAGUCCCCCAACUUUACAGAAAUAUACUCUACUAACUUUACUUUGUAAAACGUAGUUGUGUAAUUCACUGAGGCAAUAAAAGGCACCUAAAAAGUAAAAAAAAACAUUACUUAAUUUCUGUGCAAGAAAAAACCCCAAAACAUUUGCAAAUAAAAGACAGGGGAGCCCUGUUGGGUUGAUUUAAAGUCGGAUUUUCUGUGUGAAUUCAGGAAGUUAAUGUACUCAUUACUGAGUGGUUUUGUGGUCGUUAUGGUUUAUUAUUUUUUAGUAUGCAAGAGAAAGAGGCGUUUGGGAAAUGAAUUUUUUUUUAAAAAAGUUUUAAUAUUUAAU